AUGCUCUACGACCUCUACUCCGCGGGGCGCAACGAGCGGCUCAAGCACAAGCAUGGCUCGUACGCCGCCGGCGAGGAGGAGGCGAGGGCCAUGGCCAAGGGCCCUUGCGUGGCCGUGGAGCUGUCCAAGUGGCGGGGCGCCAAGAAGGCCGGGGCCCCCGAGCCCCUGCUGAGGAGGUCGAUGCCGGCAGCAGCAGCAGCAGAGUUCUCGCAGAGCUACAGGGCCAGCGGUAGCCUGAGCGCCAUGUGGUCCUCGCUGAGGAUUCAAAUCCGUGAGAAUUCAACAGACGGAUCAGUACACCAACCCGACAACGCCCUUGGCGUGCACGACCCUGCCACGACGAGCUUCCACGCCCCGACCUGCUUCGGCGCCCAGAUCCCCGGCACACGUGAACGACGACGGCUGCUCGUCCUGCCGCGCCGGCGCAAGGUGAGUGGCUUCUGUGAGGUUCUCUCUACUAAUUCAAUCAAUUGCCAUGAAUUCGGUUACAAGCUGGAGAUACAGGAGGAAGAGAUAGAGAUUACAGAAGGCGAAGGAGGAAGAUGA